AUGUCACAAACUGCGGAUGCUGAAAGUGAAGCAGGCUCCAUCUGCGACGAGGAACGCGUCAGGAAGCUGUUUCAAGCAUGCGACGGCGACGGAGAUGGGAAAGUCGAGCAGCGAGGCAACGUGGCGGGUUUCACCGUGGCCGUGAACAAUGGCUCCGCGGAGCCGGCUUACUACGUGGACCGUUUGCAACGAGUGCAAGUGCAGCAGCAACAUUGCCAACAGGCGAUCAGGUACACGGUGCAGCCGAGCCACGUCUCCGCCCCUGGCAAAGAGAUCCUCGAGCCGGCGAGAAGGGAUCUGGUUUACGUUCAUUGCGCCACCACAGAGGAGGAGGAGGACGCGGAGGAGGAGGAAGAGGAACCGAAGGGAUUGACCAGGUCUAGGUCGUGGCUCUGCUGCCCUGCCGAUCACAGCUCCGACAGAACCGUACCCAUACAGGUCGAAGCUGGCCACAAGCGGCAGGAGUCACUGCACGCGGCCGCGCUGUCGUCGUUGCGGUCCGAGGUCGCCGAGCUGAACGCGAGGUUGGUGGCGGAGACACGAGCCAGGGAGGCGACCGAGGCGGCUUUGGUCCGCGCGGAGCUUCAGGCCGCACGGGCGGAACAGAAGGUGGAGCAACAAGCGGCGAGGCACGAGGAGCGGCUCACCGAGUUACAUUCCGUGAUCGCCGAGCUUGGCAGGCAGCUCGAGAGGCAUCGAGCUACCGUAAUUGCCGAGGAGGAUGAGUCUGAGAUAGAAACGAGCAGAGACGCGGAAGGAUCUAUCACUAAUCCCGUGGAAGAGAGCGAAGGCGGAGGUGACAUUCAGGGGGAUGGAGAUCGUACGUUGGGCGAUGCCGAUUCCAGCUGCUGCGAGGACAUCGAGCCACGUACUGUCGAGAAUGGGAGAGAGCAGUUGGACAGUCCGGCGGCGUUACCAACACCAGAACCGACACAACAGGCGGCUUCGUGCCAGAGCGUGGCCGUGGCAGCGUUGCAAGAAGAGGUCACAGCCCUUCGAGCAGAGAUCGCCAGCUUGCAGGCUCAACUGGCCAAUUUCAAGAAUCAGGCUAACAAUCAGAGGCAACAGGCUGGCAGCGAGUCGCCCCGUAGAGAGGCACGAACAAGAGGCAACACCAGCUCACCGGAACCUUUGAGUGCACCUUGCUCGCCACUCUUGCCACCCCUGCAGACACCGCCGACAAAGAGCGUAACGAGGGAGGAAGCUCCAGUUCUUAAAAUAGCCGAGAGGGUAAGACUCAGGAGGACCGACGAGAGGCACAUCACAGGACCCGAUAUUACUAAUCUGGGGGUAUGUUCCACUAUGGUGGCCGAGCAUCUGGUGUCGGAUCUCCUGGAACACUCGAACAUUCAAGAAUUGAAUGGAUCCGAGAAACAAUUCGAAGUGGAGACGGAAAGAUUGAACAGCAGGUUGGAACAUGCUCGAACGAACAACGCGGUUCUUGCCUUGACCUUACACGAGAGUAAAGCGCAAUGCGACAGAUUGAGUCUUUUAGUGGGAAAGUACGAAUCGAAUGCGAUUGCAUUACGAUUAGCCCUUUCUUAUAGUGAUCGCGCGAUAGAGGCUUAUGAUGUCCUGGUAGCAUUGUUGGAAAGCGAGAUCGCUCUGUCCACGGAAAGAAACAGCAUUACGAUCGAGAACAGGAGAGCGGCCGAACAUGUAGCCUGUCAUGUGUUGAAUAAACUAGAGAACGAAUGUAUGAAUACUCUGAAUGCACCGUGGGAAGAUAGCAUAGUUUUGUCGGACGAAUCGGAAGUGACUUGGUGCGUUGAAGAUGAGCAAAGACUUAGAAGACACAUCAGCAGAUUGAAAGGGGAACGAGCUAUGGUUAGAUCGACUGUAGUGGAAUUAGAAAGCGUUCACGCUGAACCAUUAAACUCAAAAAACACCAUUUCUCUCGCAGAAGCUCGAAAAUUAGAUUUAGAAACAGCUGUACUUAUGCAGGAAUUAAUGGCUAUGAGAGAGGAUAAGGCAGAGCUACGAGCACGGGUGUUUCUGUUGGAAAAGGAACGAGCUACUAUAGAAUUGAAAUUAAAUGCACGUGAUACGCAAAUUGCAGCUCAGCAUGCCGCCAUUGAACAUCUUCAGGGUCAACUCAGAGAUACAGAGGCCAUGCUGGCAAUGGCUACGAAUAAAGAUCGAGGUUUAAGCGAUAACGAAAGUGAAGGCAUGGAAUCCGAAUUAAUAGAAGCAUUAGGUCGAGAGGCUAGGCUAAAAGAACGAUUGCAAGAAUUAGUUUCUACUUUAGAUAAAGUUAAUAAAAAUUCUGAAUUGAGGCAUCAACAAUCAGCUGAGCUUAUUAACGAUUUAAAAAGAGCCAAUGGAGCCCUGGUACAAACUUUAGAGAAAUCUAAGAAAAAAUAUCAAUCCAGACUAAAAAAAUUGGAACAACAAAUGUUGGGUAUGGUGGAAAGACAUGCUGCUCAGGUAAAAUCUUUAAAACAACGGAUAGCAUUGCUAGAGGAGGAAUCGACAGGAUAUAAAACAAGUUUACCACUUCAAUCACAGAGUUCUGGUGCCAGCGAAACAUCAUUAUGACAAUUUAGUGAUUAAUCGAAAUCAAUCGAUAAAGGCUUUACGAGUGUUUUUACUAUUCUUCCUGUCAUUACAAAACGAUUGAGAUAGAGAUAAAAUUUACGUAUUUUUUUAUACCAAUAGUUGCCCAAGAAUAACGCUUGAUUAUUCGCUUUUGUAAUUAUAUAAAAAAAAAAAAAAAAAAGAA